UCCCUACCUAAGCUGACCGGAGAUUGCGAGUAACCCUAGUUUACAUUUUGCUUCGAAUGUAGUUGGUGAUCCUGAGUGUCAGUGAUGGGUGCUGGGGAAGAUGCUGUUAUCACUGUGAGGCUGGACCUCAAAAACCGCUACUCUGCAAUUAUGGAAGAGACACAAAUGGAUUCGAGCGAGUUGAUGGAACACUUCUUCUCUUUGUAUAAUAGCAAUGUUGAGAAGGUAUGGACAGAGUCAGAUGAGAGUAAGCAGGCAAAACAACAAGGACUGCAAAAGGAAACAGAAUACUGGAUGAGGAAGGUCAUGUCUAGGCCUGACCACGAUAAGCUCUUUCCCAAGUCUCAUGACCCAGAUAGUGGUGCUGACAACAACAGUACAGACCCACCUACUUCCAAAGACACCGAUAUUGCUGCCACUGAAGACAGACUCAGCCCCAGUGAUAGAGAUAUUGAAACCAUACCGGCAUUACAAGUUGGAAGAAAACAGAAAUGUCCCAGAAAGAUAAUUUUGACACUGCCUGAAAACAUUCUUUCUAAAGACAUUUCAAUUAAUGUUUCUAAAAGAUCGAGUAAGGUAGCAAAGACAUUCUGUGAGAGUAAAACCAAGACUGCAGAUUUCUCAUCUUCAACUGUCACAACAGACGUAGCAAAACAAACAGAUGAGGAAGAGGCAGGGGAAGAACCAUUGGUAACUGAGGAAUCCCCUCCUACACCAAAUAUAAAAGUAGAGCCUGAGGCAAGUGGAGAUGACGCAGAAAUUAUUGACAGUGGUACUCCAGCUGCAAAAGAGAGUUCUCCAGAGCUUGAAGGGGAGAAAUCAAAUGAAGUGCAAAACCAAAUAGAUGAUGAGGGAGUAGCUAAUGAAGAUAGUUCCAUGAACUGCAGUUAUAUUGGACGAGGGGAAGAUGAUGAUGAGGAGGAAGAUGAGGAGGGAGAAUCUCUGGAGAUGUCAGUGGAGGAAAUUGGUGACAAUUACCAGAUGGGAAUGAAUAAGGGCGAUAAUGUGAAGUUUGUCCGUGAUGUAGCUUUAAGUAUAGCUAAAGAUAUGGCUGUCACUGAAAACGGAGAAACUAUAUUUAAUUGUAACUUUUGUAGCUAUAAGACAAACGUUCUUGGUAGACUAAGACGACACAUCACCGUACAUACCGGAAAAGAGUUCAAAUGUCCAUAUUGCAGUAAAGCCUACACAGAAAAGUGCAAACUAACAGAACAUAUCAAAGUGAAACACGAGAAAUCUGUCAGCUACCCAUGCCCAAAGUGCUCUAAGGUUUUCACUAGCAAGCGUGGACUGGAAUAUCACAACAUCACAUUUCAUGAGGAGCGAGGUACCACACUGAAGUGUUCUUUCUGCCCAAAGGUCUUCAGUAGUAGAUUUGGGUUUACCUAUCAUACUAAGACUGCGCAUGGUGAAAACAAAAUAGAGGAAAAUUUCAAAUCUACCAGUGAUACAUUAAUACCUAUGAGCAAGUGGGAAAAGUCUACAAUGAAAAAGGAAACCGAAAAAGAAUUCCAAAAAGAUAGCAGUGGCAUGUACAACUGUAAACUAUGUGAAUACAAAACACCAAGAAUGUUCCACAUUAGGAGACAUCUAGGUGUUCACUAUGGAAACACAAACAAAUGUGAACAGUGUGACAAGACAUUUUCAGAUUCCUACAAGUUGAGGCUUCAUGUUCAAGUUAAGCAUGGAAAUCUUAGGUUUGAUUGUGAUUACUGUCACAGAGAUUUUGGAACAAAGGAAGGUUUGAAGUACCACCGUCUCUCUGCACACGAAGGGAAUUGGAAGUAUCUCUGCCCUGACUGUGGUCAGGGUUUCUAUCAGAAACAUCACUUUGAAGGCCAUGUCAACAAACACAAAGGAAUAAAGGCCUAUGGUUGUAAAACGUGUGGAAAGAAAUUUUUCUACCAGUCUGAUGUAUCAAUACACAAAAAGCAUUGUGGACAAGAGAGGAAACCAUUGGAAAAACCAACCACGUUUGUUUGUCAUGUUUGUGGGGACCAGUUCAAGAAGAAAAGUAUACUAAUUGAACAUGAAAAUGGCAAGCAUGGAAGGGUUGGACAUUAUGUCUGUGAGUGUGGAGUCAGUUUUAAAUGGAGGAACUCCCUUCGUCAACAUAAACAAAGAUGUUCCACGGCAGCUGCCAUUUCUGAUUACUCAGUAACUGAUAUCACAGAUUUGAGCGGCGCCUCAGACUUCAUAGCCAUGCAGAUUAAGCCUGAACUGGAUUCAGAAACUGUCAAUGCGGAGACCGCGGAUAUGGAGGCUAUGGAGACAGAUGAUAACCAGCCUGAUGAUAUUACCUACUCACAAACAUUGCCACCAGACGUUGAUACAGAAAAUAACACAGCAGCUGAGCUGGAGAAUGAAAACGAUGACCAGGAUUAUGUGGUUAAGGAAGAACCGAGAGAAAGCGAGAUGUUUCAACAUGGGGCAAUGCUCACUCCACCAGGUGUCGCCACUAAUGCACUGUAUGAGAUGCCAGCUGCACAGGUAAGUGACCAAGAAGGUAAUGAAUCUGAUUAUGUGAUAUACCCUGAUGGCUCCUCUACUUCUAGUUCUGAUGAUUGUCCUUAUGGAUCCAGCUUAGACUGUUCAGAGGAGGAGGGAGAAACUGGUUCAAGUCGUUCCUCAAAGCCAAAUGAUAUUGCAUUCAAGAGGGAGCUUUCGUGUAAGGAAUGGGGAAAUAAAGCUUCUGGAACAAAGCUCAGAUGCCCACGUUGUGGAAAGAUCUUUAGAAUGAAACAUGCUUUACGCAGACAUCAAAAUAUUUGUCACAGACAAGCAGUGAUAAGAAGGAGUGUAAUCGAGAUGUAUGUUUGUGGGUUUUGUGAUGGCAGAUUUUCAAACAAGGCACAUUUUAAAGAGCACAGCAAAACACACGAAAGGAAAAUGAGGAAAAAAUUCAAGAUACAGCAAUAUUUCAAAAGGAAGACAAAAGAACAAUUAAAUAAUGAUAAACAAAAUAAAUCGGUUCUUGACAACGUGGAAAAUACAGACACACUUACUCAGGCAGAUGUUGUGUUUGAAAUUCCUGUUAAUCCUACUUUAGAGAAUGACAUGGAAUCAGAAGGUGAAAGUAAGUUGACCUCAGUGGUACAAGGUGAGGAUAUUUCUUCUGGGAACACCAAUCAUACAUUGAUCAGUGAUCAUAUUUCGGCAAAGGAAGCUGCUGUGUGUGUUGGUUUUUCAAGUAAUAGUGGACAUUGUGAUGAGCAACCCCAAUACAUACAAGCAGACCAGGAGGAGGAAGGACAGGACAUAAACCAUACACAUAGCAAAUCUUUUGAAACUACAGAGGAAUCAAGAAAUGUGCUCAAACCUCUUGAUCAAGGAAAAGAUUUUCCAUUUGUAAAUGUUGCUGUAGUGGAUUUAAGCAAUGCACAAGAGUAUAACCAUAACAAAGAUGUAGGCAGAGGUUGGGAUUUGUCACUGAAACCAAAUCAAGCAGGAUUCGUACAGGAUAAAGAUAGAGGCAAUUCAGAAUCUACCUCAGCUUUAGUGGUUGAUGAAGAUCAAAGAACUAAGAUGUCAGGAGAUUUCCAGAACUCGUUUACAUGUGAAAUAUGUGGUGCUACCAUUGAUGAUCAUGAGAAAUACAUCAGUCAUAUAUCCCUUCAUGCUGUCACCAGAAUUCAGAUGUUUCAGGAGCAGCAAAAUAGCUUGACAAAUAAGGACUCCAACACAAAUGUACAAGAUUCUGGGAAUUUACAGAUGCCAAACUGGAAUACAACAGAAGUUGGGAAAGUGGAUUUUACAUGCAAAAUUUGUGGUGAUGUUUUCAUGAAAAGAUCCUAUUUAAAAGAACAUAUACUAGGGAUGCAUGGGAAUAUCAAUAGGUAUAGUUGUGUUUGUGGAGAAAGAUUCAAAUGGAGAAGUUCACUUAAUCUACACAAAGAAAAAUGCCCAUCUUCUCCAUCCAGGAACAUUUCAAAUGGCAAAAAACAUGUCCUGCUCAACCAGCCAAAUAAUGCCUCUGCACCAUUCCAAGGACCUUCAAAACUUCCAGCUACUUCCAAAAUUGGCAGUAAACGAAAAUCGCCAAUUGCAAGAUCCUCCUUACCUCUCCCACCUAUCUCUUCAUCGCUCUCACCGAGAGCAAGAAUGCUGCCAGUAAUUCCACCUCAUUUUAUGGAUGUGAGAACAUCUACAGUGUUGGGGAUGAUGCCGUCACAUCGAAGUCCAACAACAUCCUAUGCACCAGUAAUGGAAACACGUGUUCAAGCCGGAGAAAUGUACUUGCACAGUGUGGCAGCAAGUAAUACAGAAAGUCAACUGUCUGAUCAGCAAUCAUCCACCCAUUUGCCAUCUACUUCAUUUGAGAGAAGUUCUACUCAGUCUAAUAACAAAAUUCAGCAGAAAAAUGAAAAUGGACAUCCGAGCCACAGUGUUGUACCUACUGGGAUGUUCAGGAGCAAUGGUCCUGAUUUUCCAUACCCUGUAUCAGUUUCAAAAGAUCAGGUUAUCCGACAUCAGUGGUCAAGUGGUUCUACUCAAGAUACAGACCAACAGCAGCAAGAGACUGAAGUACCAGUUGAAAGUGAAACCAGAAUAAAGCAAGAGGUGAUCUCAUUUGACGAAGAACCUGAGACAAGAAUAGAGAUGAAUGACUCUGUAAUGAACCAGCUAAUGCUUGCUACAGCCGACCCACCUGGAAAUUCUGAAGUGCCUCAAACUGAGCCUCAUCUUGUAAGCAAUACAAGACCUGAACACCAGAUAAAAUUGAAACAAGAGUUUAGCUCAUACAACUGUGGUUUAUGUAAAAAACAAUUCCGGUCACCAAAUGCUUACAAUGACCAUAUGAACAAACAUCGUGGUAUUAAGCCAUACCCAUGUACAAAUUGCGGCAUGUCAUUUCACUACCAGUCCAUUCUCAGUUCACAUAAGAAAACGUGUGGUAUGACAGGGAAUAACAUGUACAAGUGCCACAUCUGUGGAGACACGUUUACUGUUCGUGGUUACCUUAGAGAACAUGUUUUGGGGAAGCAUGGUGAUGCCCGUAGGUAUAGCUGUCAGUGUGGUGCUGCUUUCAAAUGGAGGAGCUCACUUGGUAGUCAUCAGAAGAAAUGUCCACUCAUUAGUAAAAACUAAGGAACAGAAUGAACAGUUUUGUGGAAGGACACACCUUUUACUGCUGGAGUCUUGAUUCAUCACCCCUUCAUGUUGUACCAGACACCUACGGAUUUAUUUUAGGAUGUAUUGAUGUUAUGCAAUAUGAAACACAGCUGUUGAAAUUUAAAACAAUGAAAACAUAACAAAACAGUUCUCCAUGUUCUGAUAAAGACAGGAUGUUUAUUAUGAUGAGAGGUAGAGACCUGCACUGGUACAAUGGAGGUCACACCGGGAUGUCUGAGAGUCACCUGUCUCUACAUUCUAUCUCCAUAUACAUGUAGCUCUCUGUAUAUAAUAAUACACUAUUGUGCAAUAUUUCCACCAUAUCUAAUUGAAUAGUUGAACUCCCAAUUGAGUGAUUUUAAUUGGAAGGAAGACAGUUAUCAACUCUUCGCCAACAUUUUGAUCUUAGUUCAUUGCUGUUUAUUGUAUAGAACUGUUAGAAUUUUACAUCAUUUGUUACAUAAUUCUAGACCUAUAUAUUCAUGUAUGAAAUUAGUAAGAUUAACAGUUAUUGUUAAAGAUUGUACUUAAUAAUUAAAAAAAAUGAUGUAUGCAAUGAUUAUUAUGUAAAGAGUUGAAGGGAAGGGGAUUCCAUUUGACAUUUGAAAUGAUAUACAAUAAUACACUAGUUUGGAGGGCAGAUAGCAUACAUUUAAAGAAAUUUUUGACCACUGAAAAAAUAGUUGUAGUUUCCAACACUUGACCUGUGAACUUCAGUAACCUCUGUAUUAAAAUUUGACAUAAAUUAGUUUAUGGCCUUUGGUGUCCUAUGUAUUUACCUAUAGAUAACAUCGACUAUCAAAAGGCAAUUUAAAGGUGAUUUAUUUGAUCUUGGAAUACCUUCAUAUUGAUAUUGUGACAAUUUGUGACAAGUAUCAUAAAUCAAAAGGAAACAAAUUGAAGAUUCUGUUUAUCUUAUGUGUGAUUAUUGGGGUAAAUAUUCUAGAGCGCAGACGUUUCCGUUGUUACACCACAAUGCAAUUUAGAUCUGUCAGUGUGUACAUUCAUUGAACAACAAGGCAAUCAUGUGAUAGAAAAUGUUUGAAAUUUAAGACCAGUCUGCCCUGUGACCUUUGGUGACCUAUUGAAUAAUCUUUUGCAAAGUUUUGUGUUCUCAUCCAUACAGAAAAAUACUGAUUAUUUGAGCUGUAACAUUUGUUGACCUCUAUGAUAACAUAGUUAUUUACAAAGAGCUUGUCAUGGACCAACAUUCAUCACUGAAUUGACUUAUGGCCAAUAUUGAUCAGUAAUUUGAAUUUUAUACUUAUUUGUUACCAGUAAUCAAUUAAUCUUUCUGUAGAAAAUCUCUUUUUUUUAUCUGACCCCAAAAAAGUACCUGCGCACUAUACCCGCAAAUUUACGGUACUUGUUUAAGAUUUUCUAAUGAAAGAUACACUGCAAUGAUGAAAUUUGAUGUUUAUAAAGAUAUUGCAAGUAUGUUUUAAUCCUCUUUCAUGUGAUGUGUCCCAUUUAAGGUAAAUAAAUAAUUUUGCAAUCCAUUCACCUAUGAAGCCAUUGUCUUUAGGUUAAAUGAUAAACUGCUGGAUACCUGUAAAGACCUUGAUCAAUUUCCUACUGAUUCACUGAUGAUCAUUUUAUGGGGGUAUAGUUGUGAUACAUAGUGUUACCAUCGUCAGUUGUGACCUCUCCCAAGUGGCGUCCUGAAUUGGUGUCAUCACUUCAAGGUGGUUUACCGAGACAUUUGGAUCAAACUAUUACACAAAAGUCUGCCAUGAAAGUAACUCGGACAAGGUCAUGUUUCAGAGUUCCAAGGCCAUGUUCUUUUUUGCUUUAUAUGGAAAUCCAUCCAUCAAUCAAGUACCAUCACUAUGCUAAAUCUGUUGAGAAUAUCUGAAAUAAGUUUUGUGUUCCAAGUUCACUUUUACUACUUUUAGAAAUUUGUCAGUUACAUUAAUUUGACACAGUAGUACGUAAACUGCAUAUAUUAAUGGAGACUGUGAGAUAUAUAUAUAUAUAUUUGUAGUAGAGUACUGGUGUUGUUACAGGAACAAUAGUAGUGUUACUGUUAUACCAGUAGUGUGUUGUUACAGGAACAAUAGUUGUGUUACAGAUAUACCAGUAGUGUGUUAUUACAAGUAUAAAAUUAUUAUUAUUAAGUAUAAAAUCAGUGUAAUGUUACCUGUUGUAAAUGUAUAUUUAUGAACAACAAAAUGUAUUAAAUGUGAUAGAGUUGACUUUCAAAUGAUAUUUUAUACUCUUAUCCUUAAAUAUCCAGGAAUCUCAAUGAAAACUGAUGUAUGUCUCCUGAUUUUAUUGAUAUUCAUGUUUGUUUAUAGGAAUAACAUGGAAAUUACAGAUAAGUAAAGUUAUAUGUAAAUUUGUGUGGACUGGAUAAUUUUUCGUAGAACGAAAUGUCCAGAUUUGUGAGAUUUUAAUGUGCUGAUGUUGUUUUUGUUUAUGAAUUAUAUGCUUUGUUCUGUUUUCAUGCACUUUUGACUCAUUUGUUCAAAGCAGGAAAUUUUGACACCAAAGCAUUAACUGAUUUUAAAUUAUAUUCUGUUAUAAUUCUAUUAGUGCAUUUUCAAGCUACAAAUAUAAUUAAAGACUGAAAAAGCGCCUAGUAGUUGUACUUAUACUUUAACUGCAUAUAAUGCAGAAGUUUAAAAAUAAAAUGUGCUCAUACAUUUUAUAAAGAGGUACAGCUUUUAAAAACAGACCAUAUUUAAUUGACAUAGAUAUAUAGUGUAUGUUAUAUGUGAAUUGUAAAUAAAAUCAUUUGUGAUCUGUAUACAUGAUUUAUAUAAAUAUUAAAUGAAGGUACAUGUAUAUUUACCUUGUGGUAAUAAGUCUUUAUGUACAUUCAUUUUGAAGAUUUUUGUCAACUGUUUAUGUAUAUGUGAAACGAUACUUUAAAAUGAUCUGAGCGUGACUCU